GUAUUUUGCAAAUAAAUUCUUUUAGAAGUUUAUCUUUUUCUGUUGUAAAUGAAUAACUCUAGUGACUAAAUCAAUACAUAAAAACUUCUUCUACUCAUGUAGUUUAAAAGUCCUGGAAUAAUUGAGGAAAUAUAUUAAAAAGGCUGGAUCAUUAUAAUGAUAACUCCCUCCUUUUACUGCAUGAACCCACCUCUUCCUUAAAGAAACUGGGCAGGCUUAAAAACAGGUAGACUUAUAAAAGAUGAUGAAAACAGAUGAGAACAUCAUUCAGAACACGUCAGAUUUCAGUCUAAUCUAAGACUAUGGCGUGUUAUCGUACAGACUGCAUUGAGAAGCCUCUUUCUAAGGUUUUUGAGAAACUCGGCCAUCUGGUUGGUUCUUAUCCAGUUUGGUUCUUUGUCAUUCCUCUGAUAGUGUCCGCUGCUCUAGGAGGAGGACUGUACUUUCUCAAAGACCACGAGGACAAUGACGUUGAGAAUCAAUUCACCCCUAUCAACGGACCUUCCAAGCAAGCCAGACAUUUUGUGAAAGAAACAUUUCCAAAUAAUGAUUCGUUGUUUUCAAGUCAAAGACUCUAUGCUGAGGGGAACUACGCAGUGAUAAUAUAUUCCAUUGUGGAAGGAAACAUUCUAACAGAUGCCCUGUUUGAGGAAAUCAGUGAUCUCGACAAAGUAGUACAUAGUCUCUCUGUCAAAGUCAAUCAAACUCAGAUAAGCUUCAAACAUAUUUGUGCCAAAGUAAAUGGGAACUGUGUCUUAAAUCCCAUACUGGACAUUAUCGAAUAUAAAUGCAUCAAUUUAUCAUUUCCAGUACAUAGGUGGAAAGGGAAAGAUGUAUUUCUUGGCUCCACAGUAGGAGGUGUUGAAGAGAGGGAAGGUGUGAUCCAGCAGGCACGUGCCAUCAGACUUUUCUACUUCUUGCAGGAUAAGCCUGAAGCCUCUCAAUGGCUUCAACUAUUCCAAAAUGUUCUGUCCAAAGAAACGCUCAGCAGAGGACUCAAGCAGGUGUCUUAUUUUACCUCACAGUCCAGACAAGAGGAGAUAGAGAAACAUACAACAGAUGGCAUUCCUCUGUUUUCAAUAACUUACUCACUUGCAAUCUCCUUCUCAGUGUUAUCUUGCAUGCGUCUUGAUAAUGUGAGGAAUAAGAUCUGGGUCUCUUUCAUGGGGGUUCUGUCUGCGGGUCUGGCUGUGCUCUCCAGCUUUGGUUUGCUGCUCUUCCUUGAAGUGCCGUUCGUAAUAACAGUGGCUAAUUCACCUUUCCUGAUUCUGGGUAUUGGAGUUGAUGACAUGUUCAUCAUGCUUUCCAACUGGCAACAGACCAAAGUGAAGGAUCCCGUAGAGAAAAGAAUGGCCGAAACCUUCAAAGAAGCCGCCAUAUCUGUUACUAUCACUACACUGACUGAUGUACUCGGCUUCUACAUCGGACUCAUGAGUGAAUUUCGCUCAGUUCAGGCCUUCUGCUUGUACACCAGCACAUCCAUUAUUUUCUGUUACAUCUAUAGCAUCCUCUUCUUUGGAAGUGUUCUAGCCCUAAACGGCAGGAGAGAGCAGAGUAACAGACACUGGCUGACCUGCUGCAAACUCCCAACACAGACCCCUGAAGGAAAGUCUUUGGCGUAUCGCCUCUGCUGUGUAGGAGGCGACUAUGACCAAGAGACCGGUGCUGAGAAACAACAGCCCAUAACACACUUCUUUAAGUCCUAUUAUGGUCCGUUCAUAACUAAGCCCUGGACAAAAGUCUGUGUGAUGUUGUUGUAUGCAGGUUAUUUGGCUGGAAGUAUUUAUGGAUGUCUUCAUUUACAGCAGGGCAUUAAUAUGAGGGACCUUGCAGCUGAUGAUUCAUAUGUUGUAAAGUAUUAUGAUGAUGAUAGGAAAUUCUUCUCCAGGUAUGGUCCAAAUGUCAUGGUCAUAGUGACUGAAGAGUUUCCAUACUGGAAUAAAAACAGCAGAUCUGAACUAAACAACUGCAUGGGAAAACUCCACAACUUGAGAUUUGUCAAUCAAAAUCUGUCUGUUUCCUGGUUAGACUUUUACUUACAAUUUGCUCAAAGCAAAAGCCUAAAUCUAGACAAUGAAAAUGUCUUCAUGGAGAAUUUAUCCUCUUUUUUAAUGCUCUAUCCAGAGUUUAAGCUUGACGUUAAUGUCACAGAAGGCAAAAUCAAUGCUUCAAGAUUUUUUGUCCAGACUUUGGAUAUUUCUAAUGCCAGUAUGGAGAUAAUGAUGUUUCAUGAACUCAGAGACACAGCUCAAAGCUGUAGUGCAACUAAACUACUGGUGUUCCACCCAUUGUUCAUCUACUUGGAUCAAUACUCUGUGAUAGUAACCGGCACCAUUCAGAAUGUUGGUUUCACCACAGCUGUCAUGUUGGUUGUUUCUUUGUUAUUAAUCCCAAACCCGCUCUGUUCCCUGUGGGUCACGUUCUCCAUUGGCUCGGUCAUCACCGGCGUCACUGGUUUCAUGGCAUUAUGGGGUGUCAACCUAGAUUCCAUUUCCAUGAUCAUCUUGGUGGUGUGUAUUGGCUUCACUGUUGACUUCUCUGCACAUAUUUCAUAUGCAUUUGUUUCAAGCAAAAAAUCUACUGCCAAUGAGAGGGUGAUUGAUGCACUGUUUUCUCUGGGCUACCCAGUUCUACAAGGAGCAGCCUCAACAAUAAUAGGUGUGCUCGUUUUAGCUGCAUCCAAGAACCACAUCUUCAGGACCUUCUUUAAGAUCAUGUUCCUCGUUAUGCUUUUUGGUUUGGCUCACAGCAUCAUCUUCAUCCCGGUGUUUCUGACCUUACUGUCAUGCAGUUCAACCAACGCUAAGAAGAAAACAAUGACUGUGCCUGAUAUUAUUCCAAAAAUCAUUAUGCUUGAAAACAAAAGCCUGGCAUAUGACAACUACACUUUUACUAAAGACAAUUUCCACGUGUCUAAGCAAACUGUGAAAACACAAAGUACUCAAAUAUAUUUUAUUCCAAAUAAGAGGCUUGUUUGGUGCCAUGACCCGGACUGUCCAUAGCAACUGAGUGUACUUAUGUAAAUAAAAUGGUCUGUAUUUUUUCAAUUUCUCUGUAAUAUACAGGUUACAUGUUCUUAUCAGGUUCAUUUAGCAGAGAAAGUGUGUAUUUUUUGUUGAUACAGUUUGAAAUGUAGUUUAUAUAUAUAUAUAUAUAUAUAUAUACACACACACACACACACACAUACAUAUUAUGUGUAUUUUAUAUGUAAAUUAAAGCAACAUGAAGUACAAAUCCCAUAUGUAUUCUCAUCCUACAUGCCUGUGGCUGCCUCUUUCAUGUUUCACAACACUUCCAGUGCUAAAGUCGUGUUCAUUUUUAAACAAAAGUGGUGAAUGUGAAUCUGGUCAUGUUUGAAAAUAAUGCACCCUUUGUUAACCUAACCAAUAGUGUUAAAGGGUUAGUUAACCCAAAAAAUUAAAUUUCUGUCAUUAAGUAUUCACCCUCAUGUAAUCCCAAACCGUAAGACCUUUGUUCAUCUUCGGAACACAAAUUAAGAUGUUUUUGAUGAAAUCUGAGAGGUUUCUGUGCCACGCAUAGGCAGCGACAUCAUUGCACCUUUUGAGGUCCAGAAAGGUAUUAAAGACAUCGCUAAAAUACAUUGUCAUAAGUAGUGAACUCGUAGGCUUCCGUGUUUACGUCCGAACGCCAACUCAG